AUGCCCGCCGAGCCGGCCGCCAGGGGGCGCCUGGGCACGCUGGUGCUGCGGGGCGUGCUGGGGCUGGCGCGGCUGCCCCGGGACCCGCGGAGCUUCAUGGGGGUCAUCGACCAGCCCACCCUCGAGGAAGCCUCCACCAAUUUCCGCCGGACGCUGAGCAGGGUCAUGGCCCAGGACCUGCGAGACCAGCAGAUUUACCAGGAGCUGCUCUGGGCCAUGUGCGAGAUCAAGGAGGAUUUCGAGCGGCUCAUGAAGCGUUUCCAGAGCCAGGUUUAUUGCCCCAAUAAAUGCGGGCGGAUGGAGGUGCUGUGGAUCGAGUGCAUCUUCUGCAACCUCACGCGCUUCGCCUGCAACCGCGGCGUGGACUGCGGCGAGCGGCAGCUGUGGGUGGAGGAGGGGCAGGACCUGGUGCUGGACUGUGCCCUGCCCUGGCACGGCGCGUCGCACGGCGCCAAAACCUACAGCUUCUACCAGCGCCUGGAAGCGGCCGGGCCGGCCCGGGCCCCCGAGCCCCCGGCCCAGCGGGCGGGACGGGCCCCGCGCCCCCGGCCCGCGCGCGGCCGCGCCCCCGCCCGCCGGCGCUGCUGCGCAGCGGCCCCGGAGCCGGUGCUGCAGCUCAGGGGGGCGGCGGCCGCGGCCGCGGGGCGCUACCGCUGCCUCAUGCGCGGCCCCGGCGGCAAGGCGGGCUCGCAGCUGCGCUUCAACGUCACCGGUGAGCCCCGGAACGGCCCCGAAAUAAUAGCCCCCGGAAUCCGCAACGUGUCCCAGAAACACCCCCAAAAUAUCAGCGGAAUGGGCCCCGAAAUAGCCCCCGGAAUCCUCGUGCCCCGCCCCCGGCUCCAGGGCGAGGCCCCGCCCCCGCCCCGCGCCCACCCCGGGGGGCUCCCCCCGGCCGCGCUCGCCGCCAUCGCCGUCACGACUAUCGCGACAGUGCUGGUGGCCGCGGGCAUCGCCUGGUGA